UCCUCAGCUAAUGUUAGCUGGAAAGCUACCUGCUAGCUAGAUCAAUGCGCGCGCCGUUCGCUCACUCACCUAGACUGAGAUGAAAGGGAGGCCGACACAGGUGUGUUCACACAGGUGUGUUUACGGAGCUAGCCGGCUAAAUGGCAUCCCACAAGAAUCUGAAGAAACCGCGUGAGCGUCUGCUUCAAUAGCACCGGCUUGUUGGGAAUCAUUUCGCCCUGGCUUCGCGCUGGUUAGCAUGUUGACAACACAGACAGGGCGGUAAUGUCCAGAAGAGCUGCGCACGAGGAAAAUCACCUUCAAGGGGCUGCUGGAGACACGUCUGUGGCUAAUGAUCGCUACAGUCUGUGGAAACUGGGAAUCAGUCAUGUUGUGAAUGCAGCUCAUGGGAGGAUGCACUGUCAGGGGAGUCAUGACUUCUAUGGCUCCUCUGUGGAUUAUUAUGGAGUGCCUGCUGAUGACUCACCGUCCUUUGACCUCUCACGCUAUUUCUCUCCCUCUGCUGAGCAUAUCCGGAAUGCACUUGACACAGCUGGUGCUCGUGUUUUUGUGCACUGUGCGGUUGGAGUGAGCAGAUCAGCCUCCCUCGUUCUGGCCUACCUAAUGAUCCACCAUCAUUACACCCUCCUGGAGGCCAUCAAUAAGGUCAAAGAGCGCAGGUGGAUUUUCCCAAACACAGGAUUCCUCAAACAGCUCCGUGCUUUGGACUUGAAACUACGCAUGAGUAACUCCCCACACCUCCAAAACAAAUAGAUUUUCUAAAUUACACAUUGAAUUUUUAAUAUCCUUCUUGAUGAAUGAAGAAUUCAGAGUGUGCCAGUGGAGGGAGACACUGUGCUUUGAUAUUUAUCAGAUUGAUCUAAGAAUAAUACAGUAUCAUUUGUUUUUAUCUUCACUCCUGUGCUUUGUUUACUGUGAAUCAUACCGCCUGUUCGCAGGUUAUUGACCUUUUUAUUAACAGGAGAUCAGUAUAAUGAACUCACCCUGGGGCAGAAUCCAUUUUAGGACUUAAUAUGAGAAGCAGUGACUUGUUGAGCCUUAUUUUUCAAUAUGUGAGAGAGGAAUUACAUCUGAUUCAUUAUUCUGUGUGUUUACUAUUGACAACUAAACCCACCACCAACCAUAUCACUGCUAUGUCAUAAGUAUGUUUUGUAUCAUUACAUUUUUUCUGUUUCAUUAAAUUACUUAUCCUACAUG